AUGUCAGCUAAGAAAUACGAUACUUCCAAGCUUCAGGCCUUUGGAAAUGUUGCUGCUGGACACGAUGGCGUCCUCAGUGACGAAACUGGCGCGGUCGUUGUGAAGCCAUGUACACCCGCCGAAAUCACCUUCUAUGAAUCCGUUACUGCAUCGCAUCCCGACCUCGCUCCAUAUCUGCCUACCUUCAUGGGCCAGCUGUCUCUGUCAGCUGACCAAUCUGCCGUAGAAGCAGUCGAAAGUGGGACCAUAGUAACUGCGGAAGGCGUUGAGCGGCUACAUGGCAAGAAGCUCUCGACCGACAUGCACAUUGUGCUCGAGAACAUCACAAAUGGGUUCAAGAAGCCCAAUGUACUGGAUCUAAAGCUCGGUGCACAACUUUGGGAUGAAGCGGCGAAGCCGGAGAAGCGAGCCAGACUCGAUGAGAUAAGCAACAAGACCACGAGCGGAAGCCUCGGGUUCAGGAUAGCAGGCAUGAGGACGUACAAGGGUGCAGAGGUACCGGAGGUGCCCGAAGAUUUGAAGGAAUACGUCGAGGCAGAUAAAGAGAGUGGAUACUGGGUAUACAACAAGAUGUACGGGCGCAAGUUCAGCGCAGAAGACGUUAGCGACGGCUUCGUGGCCUUUGUGUUCCCAGGCGCAAAGACCGAGGCCGAGCAAGAUCGAGCACGGGAGAUACUCGCUUACUUUUUGGGCGAAGUCAAGGACAUUUUAGAAGUAUUCGAGAAGAAGGAGAGCAGGAUGUACGGUGCCAGUAUACUGCUCGUGUACGAGGGUAACAUUGAAGAGUACGCAAAUACCAAGCAAAAGCUGCGGUCGGCUCAUCCUGAGGAUGAUGAAGAAGAGGACGAGGAUAAUCUGCCCAAGUUAGCAGCGGUCAAGAUGAUCGACUUUGCACACGCGACCUGGGUGCCCGGCCAAGGACCGGACGAGAACGCCCUACGAGGCAUGAGGAGUGCAAUCAAGAUUCUAAAAGAGCUUUUGGACAAGACGCAAGAUUGA